GCUCGAUGAGGGCUGCAGGAACGCACACCAAGGAAGUGGGAAAGCUCUGCUACCUUGUCAGAUGAUGAAGUGCGCCGCGUAAAAAGCUACGCAAAGGUCAAAACGACACCCGGCUUUGACAUUGGGGCGAGAUCAGUGUGCCCAGUCGCGGUGGCAACGGGAUCGAUGACCGCAUUCCCGCUUGAAGCCAGAGCAACAUCCAACCUUGGUCCUCCCUUCCCGCCAAGUAUCUCUCUCCAAUGACCCGCGCCUCGUGUCGAUCAGGAUGACUUCAUCCGGGUCUUCGAAGGACUUCGCGAAAGCACUCGGCGGCUUCUUUCAGGCGCCAACGCUCCCCCUUUCUGUUGAAAUCAACAGCAUCAUUGCGGCCUAUCUAGAGAAGCACGAAAGGUCUAAUGAGGGAGCCGGUGAGCGACUAGGCGAUGAGCUGAAGGUCAUUUGGGAGAAAGCGGUGCAAGGCCACCCCGAAAAAUAUGUCGCCUUCCUUACGGUUCUGCGGCAACUUCGUCCGGCCUUCCAGACACCAGCAAAGGUCUUCAAGUGGUGGGACACACUGCUAGACCCCGUCCUGGACCAUGUCGGCCGGGAGAAGGGCUUGGCAAGGCAAGUGAUGGACCACACUCUUGACCUCCUCUCGGCGGAUGAAUACGAUGACCCCGCCGCGUGGAGCGAAGAAGGUCUGGCGCCGCUCAUCAGCCGACUUAUCGCGAGAUGGAUCGAAGUACGCGAGGCCCAACCGGAUCUCCGUCCGUCGACCGACCUCAAGGAGCAAAUGAUCAAGGAUGCUCUGAUGGCAUUUGGGAAGAAGGAUCCAAAGGGGUUCAUGACCGCCCUGAACAGCUUCGUGGUUCGGAAAGAACAUAGAAAUUCGGCUCUGAGUCUUCUCUGCGCUUUCGUCGCGAGCGGACCCCCGCACCUGCAUCUCAUUCUACAGACGCCCCUCUUCGGAAACAUCUUACACUCGCUUCAGAAAGACGAAUCCACCGCGACGAUUAAUCUAGCUCUGAUAGCUUUGGUCAUGAUUCUGCCCUUCAUACCGAGCUCGCUGGUCCCUUUUCUUCCCACGCUGUUCAACAUUUACGCUCGCCUCUUGUUCUGGGAUCGCGGCUCUUACUUCACCCAGCAGCACACAGAACUGGGAGCGGGAAACGACGAGGCCGGAGGUGGAGUCCCCUGGGACACUUCCUUGCUGGAUCCCGACUACGACGGGCACUCCAUUUCGUAUCUGCCGGAGUACUUUACUCUUUUAUACGGUCUGUAUCCCAUCAACUUUCUCGACUACAUCCGCAAACCCCAGAGGUACCUCCGCCACGCGAACAACGCCGAGGAUGUCGACGUCCAGGCCAUGGAGAUCCGGGACCGGUCGGAGCAGUUCAGAAAGCAGCAUUUGCUACACCCGAAUUUCUACCACCUCACCAUCGAAUCCGAGAAAACAGACCUCAGUCGCUGGAUCAAGAGCGAAGCCGACGGAGUUCUCGCUGACUGUAUGGCCUUGGUGGUCGAUCAUACAUCCACCUUUGCGCAUGUACGUCCGGCCACACCGCUCCCAAACCAGCCUGGGCAGGCUUCAUCAAUCGCGGGCGACGGCCUCGACCAAGAAGUUCUCGACUCUGCUCUCCUUGGCAACCCAUCCCGUGCGGAUCCCUCCAAUCCGGCGUUGUCGACCGACUCCAUGUCCAUUGGGCGAGCGGAUCGCCCUUCACCUCGCAGAGGCUCUCAAUCUAGCCAACCAUCAGCAAACGAUGCGUCCGAGACCAAGGGCCGUGGUGGGGAGGAUGACAGCCCAGCUGUGCCGCCGAGUCCCCGUCAGUCGACAUCUCAAGGUCGACCUCAGGAUACAGCCCACUCGAGCAACAUGAGCGGAAGUGGAAUCCGUGAGCACCACACGAACGACAGCGUGCCAUCUCUGGUCCUCAACUCCCAAGAGCGAGCAGUAGAAACGAGCUCAGGAGCACAACCAGUGCGCUCAGAAUCAGCGCACAAAGGAUCCAAUAUAUCGGUAGACGACCGGAUUGCUCUGCUCCAGCAUCAUAGACUCCGUUUGAUCAACGACCUGCAGUACGAGAGGUUUAUCAAAGAACAGCACAUGAUACACAUGGGCGAGCUACGGCGGCAACAAAUCAGGGUUUCGGCCACGGAAGCCGAGACGCAAAAUCUGGUGAUGGCAAAUCGCAGCCUGAAGCAGCGGCUCGACGAGGCCAAGAGAGGCGAGGCAAAGAUCAAGAAGGAGUUUGACAACCGACGGAGCAUGACCAAGAAGUGGGAGAGUGACCUGUUAAGCAAGCUGCGGGCAUUACGGGAAGAACAGAAGAAGUGGAGGGCAGAAAGCAGCGAGCUGAGCCGGCAGCUGGAAGAGGCGCGAGCGGAGUGCGAGCACCUGCGCCGACUCGUCGCAGAGGCCGAGGACAAGAGGCUGCAGUCCGAGCAGAAUCUUGAAGCGGCGGACAUCAGCACGGCCAUGGUUGAGAAGCUCAAAAAAGAGAUCGCACGCCUGUCAGCCUCGGAGCGGGAGCUUCAGGGCAAGGAGACCAAAAUGGAGACCGCUUUGCAAGAGGCCGCCAUGGCGGAGGCGAGGGCACGGCAAGUGGAACAGGAGGUUGCUGCACGGGAGGAGCAACUGCGCAAAGUUGAGAGCCAUUACCGGGCGCAGAUCGAGGAGCUGAAAGAGCAGCUAGCCAAGGCGCUGCAGCAGAAUCCAAGGAAAGCGGCCGCCGACGUGACUGCAGCAUAUGAAACCACCAUCUCAGCGCUCCGAGCCAAGAACGCAUCGCUACAAAGACAGUAUGACGCGCUUAUGAAGAAAUACACGGCCGCCGAGUCGGCAUUGCUGGAUAUGCGUUGUAUUGUGGAGCAGAAGGCGGCGAGUUCUGCGGGAGGCUCGCUGGCCGAUGUUGACAGCGAAUCUUCUCUGCUUGGGAGGAACCCACUGGGUAUAGGAAGCCGGCCGCGGGGGUUCUCGGAUUCGGAAGCCGCCGAACGGGGGUCCCAAGGCACGGGAUUGCCGCCGGCCAGGUCAGCGUCAACAACACUCGCAUCCGACUCUCAAAACACAUCAAUCCCGACAUCACAAGCCGGACCUUGCGAGCCUGGCAGGUCGGGGAAGGCUAGCCCGCUCGCCGAGAGGUUUUUCGGUCGAGUGCGGCAAAGAAGGAUCGCAGAGACAGGAAAGAGGACAAGAGCGAUAAGAAGGAGAAAAAGCCGAUGACGAUGAGGGCGAUCCGCGGUUUUGUGUGAUUACCCGGGCGCAACUCGCUUGGUUCCUCUGCUUGCUGUGAUGGGGGAGGUUUGUCAUAAUAAGACAAGG